AUGCCUUCUCUUCGAACAGUCGUUCUCGCAGCUGCUGCUUCAGCUGUCACCGUUGUCAAUGCCGACUAUGUGAUCGACCCCGAGAGUGUGCCCAUCGCUCAACGCCGUGUCUGGUGCAUGAACGAGAAGGAGACAUGCCCAAUGAUCUGUGAGCAGACUAGUAAGGGAGAUGCCAAGGUCAACGAAUGUGAUCCUAAAACCCUUACGUACGGAUGUAUCUGCAGUGACGGCAAGCAGCCUAACAUAUCCGAAUACUCGCUCACUCUGCCUUUCUACGUCUGCCAGGAAUGGGGAAACCAGUGUGUUGAGGAUUGCAAGGGUAGCGCCUCCUGUGCUUCCGCCUGCCGAGAGGACAACCCUUGUGGUGCCAGCAACCCUAAGAAGUACAACACCACAUCGACAGCUACCGACAGUGCUGCUGUCAAGGCCACAGCUAGUGCCACUGAUGACCCCAACACAGUCUAUACCGGCACCCCUGGAAGCGAGGAUGACGACUCUGAGUCGGCCGAGUCAACAAAGACCAACGGCGCUGCUGUCAUCGAGGUUGGUCGAACAUGGGGCCUGACUAUUGUCUUGGGCACCAUCUUCGCCGGCUUUGCCAUGCUAUAA